AUGAAGGAUAGUACUUUUGAUCGACAAAGCCAGCUCAAGGCUUUCGACGAAACAAAAGGAGGCGUCAAAGGCCUAGUCGACACCAAAAUCACCCAAGUACCUCAAAUUUUCAUUCAACCUCCUGAUGAGUUUGCAGUAGCCAAAGAUGGUUAUUAUGACUUACCCGUAAUAAACUUGCAUGGAUUCAACUCGGAUCCAGUUCAACGAAAAGAGAUUAUUAACGAAAUUGAAGAAGCAUCCAUGAGAUGGGGUUUCUUCCAAGUGAUUAACCAUGAGAUCCCAGUUAGUGUUUUAAGAGAAAUGAGAGAUGGGGCACUUAGAUUCUUUAAUCAGGAUCAUGAAGUUAAGAAAGAAUGGUAUGUUACGGAUAGUACAAAGAAGAUCUUUUAUAAUAGUAAUGUUGAUCUUUCUAGCACUCUGCCUGUUCGUUGGAGGGAUUCGUUUCAUUGCAGGAUGGCUCCUGAUCCUCCAAAUCCAAUAGAAUUGCCUCCACCUUGCAGGGAUAUCUUGAUUGAGUACUCGAAACAAGUGACCAAAUUGGGGUGUUCUUUAUUCGAGUUGAUUUCAGAGGCUCUUGGGCUUACUUCAAGUUACCUUAAAGAUAUUGGCUGUGCGGAUGGACUCGCCACAAUAUGCCAUUACUAUCCAGCAUCUCCACAACCAGAACUAACAAUAGGGGCCCGAAAGCAUGCUGACAAUGACUUUCUAACUGUACUUUUACAAGACCAUAUCGGCGGCCUCCAAUUCCUUCACCAGAAUCACUGGGUUAAUGUUCCAUUUGUACCUGGAGCUCUUGUGGUCAAUAUUGGAGACCUUUUGCAAUUGAUAUCAAACGACAAGUUCAUUAGCGCAGAACACAGAGUGGUGUCGAGCAAUAUUGGUCCACGGGUAUCGGUGGCUUGUUUCUUCACAACAGGAACCGUAACCACUGGCAAGAUCUUUGAACCCAUUAAGGAGCUGCUAUCAGAUGAAAAUCCAGCCAAGUAUCGCGCCACCACAAUGAAGGAAUACGUUCAACACUCACAUUCUAAGGUCUUUGAUAAAUCUUCUAUGUUGCAUUUCAGGAUCUAG